AUGCGCGAGAACGACAAGCCGAUCCGGUAUACGGUUCAGGCUCCCAAGGCGCCGGACCCGGUCGAGAUCCUUGAGCAGCCGGCAAUCAAGAUCUCGGGUUCUACCGCAAUCCAGUGCUAUGCCCCGGCAACAGGACAGUUCCUCGGCCACGUGAACCCGGCGACACCAAAUGCCAUUGACAGAGCCAUCGAGCAAGCGCGGGCCGCCCAGGCCACAUGGGCUACCACCUCGUUCCGUGAGCGCCGUGCCGUUCUCCGCACCCUGCUCCAGCACGUUCUGGACAAUCAGGAGCAAAUCUGCCGCGUGGCCUGCCUCGACAGCGGCAAGACCAUGGUUGACGCCCAGCUCGGCGAGAUACUCGUGACUGCCGAGAAGCUCGAAUGGACUAUCAAGCACGGCGAGAAGGCACUGCGGCCGUCGCGGCGGCCCACCAACCUGCUCAUGGCAUACAAGCGCAACACGGUACACUACGAACCCCUCGGCGUCGUGGCCGCCCUUGUCAGCUGGAACUACCCCUUCCACAACCUGAUCGGUCCCGUCAUCAGUGCUCUCUUCUCCGGCAACGCCAUCGUGGUCAAGGUCUCUGAGCAGACGGCCUGGAGCUCGCCCUACUUCACUAACAUUAUCCGCGGAGCACUGGUCGCCCACGGUCACAGCCCGGCUCUCGUCCAAACCGUCGUCUGCUGGCCGCAGGCCGCCGGCCAUCUCACGUCCCACCCAGGCAUCAGCCACAUCACCUUCAUCGGCUCCCGCCCUGUCUGUCACAAGGUCGCUGCCUCGGCAGCCAAGGCUCUGACGCCCGUCGUCGCCGAGCUAGGCGGCAAAGACGCCUCCAUUGUCCUCGACUCGGUUAGCAAGCGCGACCUGCCGCGGAUAGCAGAGAUCCUCCUGCGCGGCUCGUUCCAGGCGGCGGGCCAGAACUGUAUCGGCAUCGAGCGCAUCAUCACCACCCCUGCCCUGUACCCAAAGCUCAUCGCCCUUCUCGAGCCGCGGGUGCGCGCUCUACGCCUGGGGCCCGGCCCGGCCGCCGACGUGGGCGCCAUGAUAUCCGACAGCUCCUUUGCGCGCCUCGAGGGCCUCAUCGCCGACGCAGUCGCCCAGGGCGCGCGCCUGCUAGCCGGCGGCCAGCGCUUCGUCCACCCGGAUCACCCCACGGGCCACUACUUUGCCCCGACGCUGCUUGUCGACGUCACGCCCGACAUGGCCAUCGCCAACGAGGAGUGCUUCGCCCCCAUCAUGGUCCUCAUGUGCGCGCCGUCGGGCGAGGCCGACGAUGUGCUUGCCGUGGCCAACGCGCCGCAUUUCGGCUUGGGCAGCUCCGUCUUUGGGUCCGAGUCGGACCCGCGCCUCGCAAAAAUUGUCCGGGGCAUCAAGGCGGGCAUGGUGGCCGUCAACGACUUUGGCGCCACCGCCGCGGUGCAGCUGCCCUUUGGUGGUGUAGCCGGUUCCGGCUACGGCCGCUUCUACGGCGAGGAGGGGCUCAGGGGCCUGUGCAACAUCAAGGCCGUCUGCGAGGACCGCGCGGCCUGGCUCGGCGUCCGGACUGCCAUCCCCAAGCCCAUGCAGUACCCCGUCCCUGACCAGGAGCGAAGCUGGCGGUUUGCUAGGGGAGUGGUUGAGGUUGGGUACGGGAUGGGUAUCUGGCGUAAGGCUGGUGGUGUACGGGGGAUCUUGGAGAAUGUUUGA